AAAUCAACAACUUUCAUUAAACAAUCUACUUUCUUCAACCUCUAUAUAAAAAGCCAAAAUAUUUCACAAUUCACAACUUAUUUCUGCUGCCUUUCCGUUGUCCUUUUUACAACAAAGACACUAAUUUCUUAACUCAAUGUUUUGUCUAGUUAGCAAGCAGGAUGACCAAAUCCAACAACUUCUUUCACUAUUUGGUCAAGCCCUUCAAGUUUAGUUCAAAUAAAGAAAGUCAGGAUAAUGAGCUGGAACAGAUUGCUGCUCAAGAACAGAAGAUAUUUUCAUUUCAAACUUUAGUUAUGGCAACCAAGAAUUUCCAUCCAGAUAAUAAGCUUGGUCAAGGGGGUUAUGGCCCUGUUUUCAAGGGAAAACUGCAGGAUGGGAGGGAGAUUGCUGUGAAAAAGUUGUCAAAACAUUCAAGUCAAGGAAAAAUGGAGUUCACAAAUGAGGCCAAACUACUGGUGCGGGUGCAACACCGUAAUGUUGUGAGCCUGUUGGGGUUUUGUGGGAUCCCGGAAAAGCUUCUGGUAUAUGAAUACGUUGUUAAUGAGAGCUUAGACAAGCUUCUCUUCAAUCCAGGAAAACAAGACAUCCUAGAUUGGAAAAGAAGACAUGACAUAAUUUGUGGUGUGGCACGUGGCUUGCUUUACCUUCAUGAAGACUCACACGAUUGCAUAAUCCAUAGAGAUAUAAAAGCUAGUAAUAUUCUAUUAGACGAGAAAUGGAUACCAAAAAUUGCGGAUUUUGGCAUGGCUAGGCUCUACCCUGAAGAUCAAAUGCACAUCAACACUCGUGUAGCUGGUACCAAUGGAUAUAUGGCACCAGAGUAUGCUAUGCAUGGUAGUCUAUCUGUGAAAGUAGAUGUAUAUAGCUUUGGAGUCGUGGUUCUAGAGCUCAUUAGUGGUCAGAAAAACUCGACUUUCAACCUGGACCCCGAGUUCCAAAGUCUACUUGAUUGGGCAUAUAAGCUAUUCAAGAAUGGCAAAAGCCUUGAAAUUCUGGAAUCAACGCUGGCCUCUUCAGCAGAUCCUGAUCAGGUUUCUGCUUUCAUUCAAAUUGGAUUAUUAUGUACCCAAUCUGAUCCCAAACAACGGCCCACCAUGCGUCGUGUAGUGAUGAUGCUAUCCAGGAAAUCAGGUGCACUAGAUGAACCAAAUCGCCCCGGAAUCCCAGGUACUAGGUAUAGAAAGCCUGGAAGACCAACCACAUCAUCCUCAUCAGCCGAGACUUCUGGUGCAUCAAGUUCCCAAUCCUCCAUGGCCACCACGACUUCCACCACCACUAGCACCCAUCAUACACAGGCUUUUGCGGCAUCACAUUCACAUUCUCCUACCACUCUUAGAAUAGGUUCCCCGGCUCAUGGUGGUUCACAUUCUGUUCCUCAUCGGAAGUCUCGAAGUUCUGGCUUUGUGAGUUCAAGGUCAGAUCCUCAUGGUAAACGCCCAAUGAAGAUUCAAGAUUCAAGAUUGAAAUGAUAAAAAGAAUAGAUAUUUUUUGUUGUUGGUCUAUAGGAACACAAUCAUUUUGUAUAGCAAGAGAUUAGUGUCUACUUUUUUUUUUUUUUACACAAUUGAAGGUAUGCAUAGUUAAUGAGUUAGCAAGGGCUGUAACUAUUGAGUAUUAACCACUUAGAGGGUACGAAUAUUUUACUUGUACAUGUACAUGCAUUUUAAUUUUUUUAAUGUUCAUCAUUUUUUAUAUUUUC